AUGGAUCCCACUGCAGCCCUGGAAGUCAUGUACGAGCCGAAACGCAGAGAAUACCCUGGACAAAAUGAGACACACAGUUCCAGUUGUCGUGACCCUCCAGCAUCUCUGGGCAUACAGAGUCCACCGAAAAAACACCCAGAGUACGUGUUGCCUCAAGGCGGGGCCUUUCCCAAUCCUCCCAACCACAACACACCAUCCUCCAGUUUAACUAUAAUCAGAUGUAUACCCCAUCCCCCAAUACCCUCCCUCACCAACACGACGCAAAAGAAUCCACCCCACCCCCCUACCUCCCGCCUCCCCCCUACUCCUCAACCACCACACCAUGUGUCACUCCAACCCUCACUUGGAACAUUAGAACACGCCCCCUCCCAACAACCUCAAACACCCAUCCAUCCCACUCUAAUAGUAACCCUCAGUGCCCUAAAUACCCUCCCUCAUCCAACAACUUACUCCCAUAUUCCAUCCCCACCCCCACACCCCCCCACCCAUGACCCUAAAACACCACACCAUAAGACACCCUCAGCGUCUUCCCCAAAACCCCCGGAUCGCCCCGCCCAAUACCCACAACACCCAUGUCCCCCCACUUACUUACGCAAUGAGACCCAAUCCCAAAUACCCCACAUCCCUAAAACACGUUUCUACCAUAAGUCCAAUACCCCGACUCCCAACCAGCACACACCUCCCCUCCCAUCAUCCCCCCUCUCAAUGACCCUGCACUCGUCACCCCAAAACAAUCCACACACGACCCACCCACAUACCACAACACCCAGCCAUUUUGUCCCCAACUUCAAGAUACCCCAGUCCCAUGAAAUACGCCUUCCACACCACACGAGCUCCCAAUGCCACCCACGCCCACCCCCCACCUCACCCACAGAAACAAAAAGACAUCUCGACAAAUCCACUCCAGCCCAUACGUUGGCAUCCCCAUCCAUUCCCUCACACCCCUACCCUCAACCCCCCGACAAACCCGUCAAUCUCUGCUACAUUAAACCGCCUCUCACUCCAUACCCGGACCAGGCUCCCCCAUCCUUGCCUCACACACCACGGAGUACCCAACCACUAAUAAAAACAAACCCCCAGUAUCCCAUUGUCACAAUAGAUAAACAAAACUUUAACUCAAACCCCCUCCGCAACCUCCCACCACCCCCACACCACCCAACAACCUCCCCCUCUGCACCAUCUCCAGAUCAACCCUUUCCCUACAGAGCCCAACUCCCUAUCUGA